AUGGACCGCAGUAACCUACCUCCUGGAAACACGACGCAAGGAGCUCCUUAUGGUAGUUUGAAUGCACAUGGUAACUCCAUGCAAAUGCAUCCUCCAAGCUCAGGAAAACAUCUAUUCAACCAAUCUCAGAUGCCAGGGAGUUUCACAAUGCCUAUCAACCGGGCUACAGAGCAUGAUAACCCCGGAUCCGGAUUUCAGUUUGUAGAACAUGGGAAAAGGGAUCACCAGCAGCAGCAGCAGCAGCAGCACAACCAUCUCAUAAAGAACUCCAUCAGUGACGACGAGGAGCAUGAUAUGACCGAGGAUACUACUGAUGCCCAGAGUGGCAAGGGCAACAAAGGCUCAGCAUGGCAUCGGAUGAAGUGGACUGGUUCAAUGGUUAAGCUUUUGAUUACCGCAGCGUCUUACACGGGGGAGGAUCCUGGGGCGGAUUUGGGCGGCGGGAGGAGGAACAUUACAGUAAUGCAGAAGAAGGGCAAAUGGAAAGCAAUAUCAAAGGUUAUGGGUGAAAGAGGCUGCAACGUGUCACCGCAGCAGUGUGAGGAUAAGUUCAAUGACCUCAACAAGAGAUACAAAAGGCUUACGGAUAUCCUUGGUCGUGGUACUGCUUGCAAUGUUGUGGACAAUCCAGCACUCCUUGAUUGCAUGAAUAAUCUGUCUGAUAAGAUGAAAGAAGAUGCAAGGAAAAUACUGAACUCUAAGCAUUUAUUCUAUGAGAUGAUGUGUUCCUAUCAUAACAACAACCGUGUGAACUUACCCGAAGAUCUUGCACUUCAGCACUCACUACAGGUUGCUCUUAGAUGUAAAGAGGAGCAUGAUCCGAGGAGGGAUGCAAGUGGAGAUGCUGAAGAAGAUGACCACAGUGCAGAUUCUGAUUAUGAGGAUCAUGACGAAGAGCAUCAAGCAGUUCAUCACAGUAUGAGGGAUCCUCCCAUGAAUAAAAGGAUGUGUCAUGCAUUGGAUCAUGGUGAUGCGGGUUUUCUCACCUCAAGCUCGAAUGAUGGUAGUGGGAGUUUGGAUCCCCAUGGCAUCGCAUUGGAUAUCAACAAAGUUUUUCCGGAUGGAACCAACCUGUCUGUUGUGCGGAAGGAACUGGCUUCCCAAGCAAUAGAGCUUCGGAAACGUCGGUUGCAGAUUGAAGCACAGGAACUGGAAGUAACAGAGCAACGUCUAAAGUGGGAGAGAUUCAAGAGGAAGAAGGACAGGGAAAUCGAAAGGAUGGAAUCGGAGAAUGAAGAAAUGAUGCUCGAGAACAAGCGUUUGGAACUUCAGCUAAAGCACAAGGAGCUAGAAGUUGAGCUUAAGCUAAAAGGCAAUCCAGACCAUGAAUGA